AUGACAUUGAAGGCAGUCAAUGAAUCGACCAUCGGCACUUACGGGCGACGUUCGAUCACCCUGAACUUAGGUCUACGGCGCAAAUGUCAAUGGGUAUUCAUUAUCGCUGAUGUGGCUACACCCAUAUUAGGUGCAGAUUUUUUGCACCACUUUCGAUUGCUCGUAGAUAUGCACCGAUACAAAUUGAUCGAUAGCGUAACUGGAUUAAACGUGAAGGGCAAGCCUUCAGACUCUCCGCGUAUUAGCCCAGUUAUCAAUACAACCGACAAUACUGAUCCGUACCAUGAUCUUCUGCGCGCGGAGUACAGCGACAUCACUGUACCCAUCUACAAAGCGCAGGCGCUGAAGCACGAUGUAGCGCACUACAUCGACACACGCGGACGGCCAGUGAACGCAAAACCACGCAGACUUGCUCGGGAUAAGCUGAAAAUAGCGCGAGAUGAAUUUCAGCACAUGCUAGACUUGAACAUUAUCUGA